AUGACCGAGGAAUCUCACGUCGGCGACCUGUUCGCCACUGCCGACCAGAAGCAAGAGAUCUCGGAUGUACACCGUGAGACUCUUCCGCUGGUCGUCACCGAGGAGGAAGCUCUGGCUCGCGCCAGGAACCAGCCUGAUGAAGCCCUCCCCUUGCGUAUCACCUUUGGCCCGCAAGAUCGGGACAACCCGCGCUGCUGGGGUUACUGGCGCAAGUGGUACAUUACCUUGUUUGCCAGUUUCUUGAACGUUAUCACCACUUGGUCUUGCGGUUCCUUCUCCUCCGGAGCCACCGGCAUCGCGGAACAUUUCCACGUGUCUACUGAAGUCACUACAUUAUGCCUGUCCAUGUAUGUGCUGGGAUAUGCCAUUGGACCUGUCUUGCUGGCUCCUCUUUCCGAGUACUUCGGUCGUCAGCCCGUCUACAUCGUCUCGUGGUUCAUCAUGUCCCUCUUCCAGAUGCCUCUCGCACUGGCACCUAACAUUGGCACCAUUAUUGUCUGCCGUUUCAUCGCCGGUUUCGCCGGUGGUGCCCCCUUGACCAACACUGGUGGUACCAUCAGUGAUCUGUGGGAGCGUAACCACAGUGGUGGCCCCAUGGCCUUCUACGGUCUCAGCAGUACAUUUGGCCCGCCCAUGGCCCUAGUGGUCAGCGGCUACAUCGGCCUGAACCUGAACUGGCACUGGAUUUUCUGGAUUAUGAUGGCCAUCACUGGUGGCACCUGGAUUGCGCUGGUCCUGACUGUCCCGGAAACGCGCCACAGCAUCAUCCUGCAGCGCAAGGCCGCCCGCGUGCGCAAGCAGAUGCAACGCGAGGGAUUGCGCUCCGCAGAGACCACCACCGACCUCCACGCAGAAGACCGCAAGGGCCUGCACCAGCUGUUUGCAAUCACCCUCACCCGUCCCUUCCGCUUCCUGUUCACUGAGCCUAUCACCACCUUUUCCGCCAUCUACAACGGCUUCCUCUACGGGCUGGUCUACCUGUUCAACGAAGCCUUCCCUCUCGUCUUUGGCGAACCCAACGGCCACGGCUUCAACGUCGGUCAACAGGGUCUCUGCUUCCUGGGUAUGGCCAUUGGCCCUAUCAUCGCCUGCGCCCUGUCCCCGCUGCAGGAGCGGUACUACCUGCGCCGCGUGGCCGAGAACAGUGGCCGCAGUGUCCCGGAAGCGCGCAUGUGGAUGGCCCGUGUCGGCUCGCUGCUCAUCCCGAUCAGUCUGUUCUGGUUCGGCUGGACCAGUUACCGCUCCGUGCACUGGAUCGUCCCCAUCAUUGCGUCGUCUUUCUUCGGUGCGGGUCUUUACAUCGUCAUCCUCAGUAUCCUCAACUAUGUCGUCGACAGCUACCAGACCUACUCUGCCUCCGCGUUGGCCGGUGUCAUCCUCGUCCGGAACCUUGUCGGUGCUGGCUUCCCCCUGUUCGCUACGCAGAUGUACGAGAAGCUCGACUACGAGUGGGCGUCCAGUCUGCUGGGCUUUAUCGCCAUUCUGCUUGUGCCGAUUCCAUUCAUCUUCUUCUACAAGGGUCGUGCCAUUCGGUUGCGCAGUCCUUGGGCGCGCGAGCACUUUGACUCGGAUGAGGAUAGUCCGCACUAG